CGGCAGGCCAAGCGGAGCGGGGUCUGUUCUCCAUAACUCUCUUAGGAAUAUCACCCCUUUCUGUUUUCAUGGACACAGUUGAUAUGAAUUUGUUCCAGGUCACAAUUUGGGUUUGUAGCAAAAAUGCUUUCAGAACAGACAGCAGCCCUGGGGACAGGAUGGGAAUCAAUGAAUGUCCAGCUGGAUGGAGCAGAGCCCCACAUGGAAAGGAGAAGCCAGGAAGAGGGGCCGUGGAGAGCAGCCCAAGGGCCACUAGAGCACCUGUGCUGUGACCUUGAAGAGGAGCCACAGAUCCUUCAGGAAAAGGCUCAGUCGGCUCCCUGGGUUCCUGCUGUUCCCCAGGAAGGGAGCACCGGAGAUUGGGAGAUGGCAGCUGCACUUCUUGCAGCCGGAUCACAGGGUCUGGUAACCAUCAAGGAUGUGUCACUGUGCUUCUCUCAGGAGGAGUGGCGGAGUCUGGACCCUUCUCAGACAGACUUUUAUGGAGAAUAUGUCAUGCAGGAAAACUGUGGGAUAGUGGUCUCUCUAAGAUUUCCAAUUCCCAAACUGGACAUGCUUUCUCAACUAGAAGGAGUGGAAGAACAAUGGGUCCCUGACCCCCAGGACUUAGAGGAGAGGGACAUCCUGAGGGUCACAUACACAGGAGACGGAAGUGAGCAUGAGGGGGAUACCCCUGAACUAGAAGCAGAACCUCCCAAAAUGUUAUCUAGCGUGUCCGAAGAAACUGUUCUCUGGAACCCAGAGCAGGAUGAGAGCUGGGAUUCCAUGCCCAGGGGCUCCAGAGGAAUGCUCCUGGGCCCACCUUUUCUUCAGGAAGAUAGCUUCUCCAACCUUCUCUGUGGUACAGAGAUGGAUUCCCUAUUAAGACCCCACACAUGUCCCCAAUGUGGCAAACAGUUUGUGUGGGGCUCCCACCUUGCCAGGCACCAGCAAACACACACUGGGGAGAGGCCCUACAGCUGCCUCAAAUGUGAGAAGAGCUUUGGACGAAGACAUCACCUGAUCCGGCACCAGAAAACUCACCUCCAUGACAAACCCAGCAGGUGCUCUGAGUGUGGCAAGAAUUUCCGAUGCAACUCCCACCUGGCCAGCCACCAGAGAGUGCACGCUGAAGGCAAAUCCUGCAAGGGCCAAGAGGGGGAAGAGAGCCCUGGGGCUCGGAAACGGCAGCGUCCCCCACCAGUGCCAAAGUGCCAUGUGUGCACUGAGUGUGGCAAGAGCUUUGGCCGGCGACACCACCUGGUGAGACACUGGCUGACCCACACCGGGGAGAAGCCCUUCCAGUGCCCUCGCUGUGAAAAGAGCUUCGGCCGUAAGCAUCACCUGGACAGGCACCUGCUGACUCACCAGGGACAGAGUCCUCGGAGCAGCUGGGACAGAGGGACAUCUGUCUUUUGAAAUCUGUUUUUGCUGCAGCUAUGCUCACAUCUAUCUGUCGGUGCUACCAGGAGUCUCUGACAGAGCCACCCAUUUCCUGCGUCCUAAGGGCCAGAACCAUGACCCCUGACCCCAUCCCUCAAGAGAUGAGGUCCCAGCAUUGACCAGAGCAUUUCUCACCACUUCUGUGAGAUACCAUGCAAAAUAGAGUUCUUCAGGGGAGAAGUUUUGGGAAACAGUGCAUACUGCGAUGGGCCUACGCCCGCAGUGAUUACCCAGGGCGCAGUGAUAACCCAGCAGUUUACGGCACAGGCCCAUUCUGACUGGUUGGAGCCUGUGCCAUGCCAGUUGUUUGAUAUUUUGAGUAGCGCCUUUGCAUAUUAUAACUAUUACAUGAUAGAGAGGAAGCCCAUAUUAGCAUAUAAAAUGCUCUGAAAACAUGCAGGAAAGCAAGUUGUUAAGCCUCUUUUAGUGUAGUGUUUCCUAAAUGUACUUGGCCUCAAUAUCCUUUCUGUCUAACAUCGCACAGAACUAGUGACUCUAUGAAACACUCUGGUGACCACUGGGUUAAAGGGCAAAGAAGGAACGGGUGAUCAGGCACUCAGAGCCCCCCUUUUUUAAUCCCAGUGAUAGAUGAGGGGCAAACCUCAUUCCUGUGUGGGUCCAUCACCUUUAUCCCAAUCAUCCAGUACAUGUCCACACUGCUCACCCCCACCCACUGAAAAAUAGAAACAUUAACCUUUUACCUCUAUUCCAACUCCUUUCAUCCUACACAUACAUUUAUCCAGCUGAGAGAGCAAGCUAGAAUACUGAGAGAUGGAUCUUAUAUCCCCAAGUAACCCACACCCACACAGAAGAAAAAAACUAUCUUCUUGAACAGACCCAUCUCCUCUUGACUGUGUCUUUAUGUGUCUGUGUAUCUGUGUGCCGGGUCUUUGAUGAAAGCAUGCAAAGUACAAUCUGUACAAGCUAGAUUUUCUAGGGGCUGUGUUCUGGGAAGAGGGUAGUGGGUAUUAUAUAGGGCUUUAUUUGUUGUUUUAAGAUAGAAAGUAAGCUGAACAAUUAAGGGAGCCCUAGUAGAAAGGAUCAGUAAUGGUUACAAUGUUGAAGUUGAGGUCUCCCCAGUUGUCACAUCAAAACAACUAGAGCUAUAGCUCUGUCUGGGCCACAGAUUAUUUUUGCCUGAGAGGAAACAGAUCUUCAGUGAGAUAAACUGUUUCUUAACUGAUUGCAAGCAAGGUACCUAAGGAAGCUUGGUGCUGAGUGGGGUUUUUGUCUUGUUUAAAGAGCUGGGAAAUUAGGGCAGGGAUCACAGUAUGUGCCAGUUGUUGUCAUCACUCUUGUUUGACCUUGACUGCCUCUGUCAAGGGGGCAGAAUACUGGAGGAUCUCAGUCUCCCAGAAAGAACUUUAGGGGGAAUGAUUAUGUUUAGCUUUUCAGCUGACGCAGGGUAAUGAGCUUUCCAGUUGGUUUUCCUCCCUGUUCUGGGAAGGUGUCCGCAGAGACUCAACUCCGGGACUUACUAAGUAUUCUAGCAUCUGUUAGUUGAUGAUUUGGUCAUUGUUUUUCUUCAUUGAUAAUGUAUUAAUAUCAAUCCUAUAAUUUAAAAAUUAUAUGUAAUAGCAGUUUGGGGCUAGGGAGGAAGUGGAGGAGAGCAGAGAAUGAAAGUGGGAUAUUACCGUUCCAGUGCUUAGAUUCUGUUGUUUUUAUUUUUUCCCCAAACACAUUAAUUUCUCAACCACAGAGGCAAAAGUGAGCUCCAACAAUCUAGCUUAAUGACUGUCCGAUUGCUUGGGGAAAACUGGGGAAUCGCAACUCCUUAGACCUAAAUGGAGUUAAAAAUGGGCUCAUUUUGCUAACAAAUCUUCUUAGAGUACAUAUGAUGAGCAACCCAGUCCCACUUCCCUUUUGCUGCUCAAAGCAGCCUUCCUUCUUUACCUGAAAUGCUCUUCUUUUGCUCACAUUCCUAUGAACAGAGCAAAAUGGCCAGUCUUUUGUAAGGUGGCCUUGUCCUAGGUCCUCAGAGACAGGAACAUUUUAGGAUCAGUAUUAGGAGAGGCUCCAGGGAAUAGGAAGGUAUUGGACUCCAGGGGUAAGAUUGGCUUAUAUAAUUUAUUUUAUCAUCCCACUAUGCCUUAUUGAUGCAGAUCAGCAUUAUGUAAACAACGGUUCAGAACCCAUUUUGGAUCAUAGACCAUUUCAGAAUCUAACGAAAACCAGAACUUCAAUUUGGAGGAAAAUAGAUAUUAGCAGUUCACUCAGUUUGGCAUACAAAUUUAGAGCCCAUCCAGGAAUCACUAAACUGGCGUCAAAGAAAGGGUAUUACCCUGACUCACUAUAUAUUAAUAUUUUGUCAAAAAGUACAAAUCAGGGAUCAGUAAAUGUUCUAAAGAGGCAGUAGGGUAUAAGAAUAGUCUGGUCUUUAAUGACCAGAGCAUAUUGUUUACACAAUACUCUUUUAAAAAAAAGAUAUGCUGACAAAUCCAGGUCACAAAUGUACAGGAGCGAUUCUCCUUACUGUCAGGUCACAAUUCCUAAUAACCACGUUUACCCUAGCCUCUGAUCUGCCUUAGUAAUUGUGAGGAUAGAAAGUGAAGCCCCCAAAGUGUAGGUACAGUCAUUGCACCCAGCUGAAGAACAUCAUGGAGUCUUAAGGGUCUUCUGCGGAAGGGGCGACCCUUUUCAUUCUGGUGCACCACUGUCUUCUCUACCUCUGUCCAGCACCACUUCCCUUGGAUUAAAAAAUAAAACAACAGUGAUUGGAUGGGUAUUUAGAGUUGAAUGAUUUUUCCCACAGGGAAUCAACCUCAGACUCCUAUCUUUUACCCAGCUCCCGUAUGCCAUGUAGCCACCUUAUCAACCCUUUAAAUAAAUUUAAAAAAAAAGUCUCUGUGUUCUUUGGGGGCAAAGUGUAAAAGAGAAAUCCAUCCUCAGGAAUUUGUCACCUUUCUCCCUCUGGUGCCUAUACCCUAUUUGGGGUUCAAAUACCUUCCUGUUUCCAUCCCAUCAAAGUAUCUUUGGUGAAUAUAACCCUGACAUUGGUGAAUAUAACCCUAAGAAUUAGCUAUUCCCAGAGCUAUUUCAUUUUAAGCUUCAGAUCUGAUAGUAAAAGUGAAAGAUGUGAUAUUAUGCCUUCACGGAGUUAAAGGAGUAAUCAUUUGAGACAAAAAACCUUCCCUUUCCAGCACUCCUGUAAUCACAGCAUCAAGGGCAAGGUGAGCCUGACACAGAACCAGAGGUAUCAGAAGACAGGUUCUUUCCAUCUCUAUUGAAAAUGAUACACUAGGAGGGGGUGAAUGGAACUGGGCAAUACCAGAAAAAUGAAUUAUUUUCUUUGACCUCUUAGAGAUCUAAGCUGGCAAAAGCUCCUUCUGCUGCGUGGAGUGCUAACUUUGCCUCCAUCUCAAAUGUGGUCUUUGAAUCAGCAACUUCAGUAUCAGCUGGGAACUUGUUUUAGAACUAAAUAUAUUGUUUUAGAACUAAAUAUAUUGUUUUAGAACUAAAUAUAUUUUCUAAGUCUUUGCUUUUUUCUUUAAUCCUUAAAGUGGCAGUAUUUUAUAUCCUAGUCAGUGUUUUGACAGCCUAGGGUUUAGCCCCUCAGGUGGAGUCAGCAUAGGGCUCCCACCACACCCACAGCACUUCCCCCCACUUUUUCACCCCUCACCUCCACCUCCCCUUCUGAAAGCCAGAUCCAUGGUCAGCUAUCAAGGGUUGUUUUAAAGUUUGUCUUUGACCAUUUGCUUUUUCUCUCUAAGUGAUAUCAUUCAGUAUUUUUCUUUAUCCUGCCUUUAGGAAUGCAAAUUCUUAGACUGGAACAAGAAAAACUGAAACCGAGGACUCUAGCAGUCAGCCUUUUCACAGCUUUCUGAGAUAGCUGAGACAGGCUAAAAGCUUGAGAACCACUAGCUACAAGAUUCAGAUUCCAUUUCAGUCAGUACCUUACCCUCUUCAAACAGGGAGAGGAGGAAUCUUUAUACUCGCUCUUGUCAGAUUUAUUUCCUGUAACCUCUCUAGGCCAGUUCUUCAGUUGGGUUCCUUAAAUAAGUGAAAAGAUUUGGGUUAGUCACCAAAUUUCAAUAACUGGUGGGUCAACUACGAAGCUACUAUGAUUGGUUGGUAAAAUGGGCAAUGAGAAUUCAUGAGUCGGAAAUCCGAAAGGCCAAAAAAGGAGCAGAAAUUCAUAGUAAAACUGAAAAACUGACCUCCAAGAAAAUGGUCCUUCUGUCAGUGGUUACCUGAUCCUUUUCUAGGCCCAAUGAGUUGCCCUGGAGGCAAGAGGGUUUGAGAGGAGGAGAGUAUUCAGCAAAGAGGUAGAGUUAGACCUGUGUACCAAACCCUCAAGGGCCCAAGUUGUCCAACCUCCCAAUUGCAAUGAAACCCAGUUAAGUAAGGUGCUGUGUAAGAGGUGUCGAUCCAAGAUUUGGCCCGCCCUAUGGGCAAGAGUGGUAGGAGCAUCAGAAAGUCCCCAGGACACAGGAGGGAGAGAACGAGGCUAAUUUAGUCAGAUGUGACAUAAGCUGGUGGACUCCAGAGUCUGUCUGCAAGGGUAGAGGUUGUAACCAAUGAAGCUGGGGUGCCUAAGUCAAAAAUGCAUCCUCUUAGCACAUGAAGGAGCAGGCCCUAGCCCUCUGCCUCCUCCUUUCCUGGGCACACCCAUAGGACAGAUUGGACUGGCAGUUGUAAAUCCUCCACUCCUAAGGGGUUUUUCAAGGUCAGAAGGCUAGAAUGGACAUAAGUCUCUUUGGGGCACUUUGCCCUAAGGUGGAAAAGCAUGGCUGCACUUCAGCCCCUGGCCUGCAGCUCUCCCCCCUCUUUCCUGUUGCCACCUCUAUUUCCCCAAUAAGCAGCCUCUUCCACAUCACUGGUUUUCAGUUUGUUUGGUUUGUUUUGACAUUUUCUUUGCCUAGGGAACGGUAUACCUAGAUAAUCUACUUAAUCCUUUUCCUUCUCUUUCCA